AAACAGUGUUGUCUUCCGUCGUUUUUCUCACGUGGAAGUUGAGCCGCGUGAGUGUCUGUUAGCAGAAACACGAAGAAAGAGAGAAAAUGACGCAGUUAGACGGUGUAACAAAACCUAAGACAAAGCGCGCCAAGCGCUUCUUGGAGAGCAGAGCACCCAAGCUGAGUGAAGAUGGAAAGACUGCUAUGAUAAUGAAAGGAGGGAACGCCAAUCAGACCGUCACCCAGGCCCUGAAGGACAUAUAUUCCCUGAAAAAACCCAAUGCAGUGCUGUACAAGAAGAAGAACAUCACUCGUCCAUUUGAGGAUUCGACAUCAUUGGAAUUUUUCUCUAAGAAGACAGACUGCUCACUGUUUCUGUUCGGCUCCCACAACAAGAAACGACCCAACAACCUCAUAUUUGGCCGUUUGUUUGACUUUCACGUGCUCGAUAUGAUUGAACUCGGAAUCGAGAAGUACGUCUCCCUGAGUGACAUAAAGGCCAGUAAAUGUCCCGAAGGAACCAAACCGAUGCUGGUCUUUGCAGGCGAGGCUUUCGAUAUGGAGAACGAGCACAAACGCCUGAAGAGUCUGCUCAUAGACUUCUUCAGGGGUCCCACCGUGUCUGCAGUACGUCUGGCAGGGUUGGAACAUGUUCUGCACUUCACUGCCCUGGAUGGGAAAAUAUUCAUGCGCAGCUACAGGUGUCUGUUGAAGAAGUCUGGCUGCAGGACACCGCGGAUCGAGAUGGAGGAGAUUGGACCAUCAUUUGAUUUUGUCUUGAGAAGAACACAUCUGGCUUCAGAUGACUUGUAUAAAUUAUCUCACAGACAGCCUAAAGCUCUGAAGCCCAAGAAGAAGAAGAACAUCUCCCACGAUGUCUUUGGCACCAAGUUUGGCCGCGUGCACAUGCAGAAGCAGGACCUGGCCAAACUUCAAACACGCAAGAUGAAGGGCCUGAGGAAGAGAAAGGGAGUGGUUGUUGCUGAAGAGAAGGAUGGACAGGAACCCAAAGUGGCCAAAGUAGAGAGCUGAGGACUGGAAUCACACAGAUCAGUGUCCAAGUGUCCCAUCAUGGUGGUGCAGGACAGUCACCUCUGGCAUAAGACUGACCGUGUGCUCAUCAGCAACAGCUUUUACUGCCAGUGUGUGGUCAUGUGAUCUGCCAACAGGCAAACAGGGCACACAUCUAUUACUCUUUUCUUACAUUUCCCACAUGGUCUUUUUUAUCAUGUGACCUUCAGGUCAUUGUUUGUCUUGAGUAUCAUGAAGGUGUUGGCUCAGUUCUCUGUUCGACAUCAAGUCCAACAAAUGUCAUCUAUUAGCAGUUGUAGGAAUUUGAAUUGUUUCUCCCUUCUAUGUAAGUACUAAAUACAUUUUUUUUUUUUUGUAAAAGGUAAAAUGUCAUCUGCAGUUCUGGCUUUAAAAGAAAUAAAAUUAUCACCUGCUUG